AACUAGGAAUGUGAUACAGAAAAAUGGCUAUAAGCAGGCUAUUGACUUUAAACAUAAUUAGGGUAUAUCUGCUGCUACUUCAUGGAGGUGUAAUUAUGUUUGUAGUUUACAAUUUAAAGUUCGGAUUUUCGCAUACUCAUGUGAUACAUUCUAAUAAUAUAAAUGUGUUUCAAAAUGUGACAAGAACACCCGGAACGGUUGCAAGAGAGAGAAAUACGAAACACAUUCUGAUACCGCUUAUUUCUCAAGUAAAAAAUGUUUCAAAUUGGCCUUCUGUAGAAGCUGCGAAAAACAAAAGCCUUGUAGAAAAAUAUUCCACUCAUAUGAAACCAGCUGCAUUUUUGAAGUUCAGGAAUCAAGUCCAUAAAUAUAAAACAUUUAACGCUGAUACAUCUAUACUACUACACGAGGGUGAGAUAACGAGUCACAUGUUUGAAGAUUGGAAAGGAAAAAAAGUCCGACCUAAACUCUCUCCCCGUUUGCCAGCACUCGGAUCAUGUGCCAUCGUUGGAAAUUCAGGCGUUUUACUAGAUAGUAAAUGUGGACGUGAAAUUGACGAACAUGAGUUCGUCAUCAGAAACAACAUGGCACCAACCACUGGAUUCGAGAAUGAUGUCGGGAAAAAAACCAGUUUGGUUUCAGUGAAUGGUGCAUUAGUUGUUCGUAUGACAAACUGUCUAAAGAAUAAGACAUGCGAACCUGAACUGAAGAAGAAAUUGGAAGAUAUUGAAGAAGGUGCAAUUUUAUGGUACUCAAAAGUGUUCAGUCCCAAUGCUCGCCAGAAACAAUAUUAUGCGCUCUCAAAAUACAUAAGAAAUAACUCAUUGCCUCUCCGUAUCGCUUUCCCUGCCAAUACCUUAACAACAACAUCAUUCUGGAAAGUCAAGCAUGCUUCAUCGGGGUUAAUGAUGCUUUCAAUAGGGGCUACAUUUUGUAGAAACAUUACACUCUAUGGAUUUUAUCCAUUUCAGAAAUCUGCAAGUGGACGUCAACUAUCCUAUCAUUACUACGAUAAUGCCUCAUUCAAAAAUACUCAUGAUAUGAUAGGGGAACAUAAAAAAUUACAAGGGCUUAAUAAGGCAGGCGUACUUCGACUAAUUACUGAUAAGUGCAAUUAUACAUAGGUGUAUUACAGACGACGUAAAUGUGUUUAAAAUACAGAAUUUCUGAACUUACAUUUUUGAAUUACGUAAACUUAGCGAUUGUAAGCCUACUCUUUAAUUAUUCAGUGGCUUAUCCGAUGAUUCUGAAUUUCAUUCUUGGUUUUUCUCUUAUCAACAUGUGGAAGAUAGACCUAUUAUUACACUUGAUGUAUUUAUUGCACAUUCAAAACAUCAAAAAAUCACACAACAGCAGUCAAACAAAAAUUUACUGAAAAUGUUAUAUUUACAAGCAAAUUUUAAAAUUGCUGAAAAUUAAUCAAAUUUACGCAAAAAAAUGUCAAAAUUUCCAAUGUAAAAAAAUUACAUUUACAAAAAGAUUAUAGUUGCUAA